AUGAUGAUGAUAGAUGAUGACAGUACAGUCGAAGAGACAGCAGGGAGUCCUCUCUGCCUGCUCUCCGUACUUCUACUUCUACUGCUUCUGCCUGACUUCGCUCUUGCUGCUGGCUUCUCGCUGGCUUCUUCACUCCAGCUGGACUUUCUCUCUUCUUCCCUGCUUCUCUUCUUCUUCUCUUCAAUGUUUACUUUAUUCCAGCCAUCCUUAUAUCGUCUCCUUGGCCUUGACAACCUCAGAAAAACCUUGGGAUGUAUUCUGGGCUUCCUUGCUCAGGAAAAAGGACCAGAGCCCAUUGAAGACUCCAGCCGGGUCUUGAGAGAAGACGCUUCAUACACACGGCUGACUGCUGAAUCUUUUCUCUGCUACUACAAUCACUACUUCUACUACUAUCAAUCAAGCAGUUUCUUCAUAGCAUUGAAACUGCAUAAUAUUACAGGAGAAAUUGAGAAUAAACUUGCUGAUCCAAACGGCACGAAGGUUGCUAUAAACUGUCUGACUUGGUUGCUUGCAUGGAAAAGAAAAUAUACCGACCAACUGGAUAGCAGCAACAGCGCCAUCAACAUGGCGUGCUGCAAACGAAUAACGGCAGCACAAGUACCACCAGUCAACAACAUGGAUAGCAACAGCAGCAAUAGCAACAUGGUGUGCUGCAAACAAACGACAGCAGAACCAGCAGAAGCAUGGACAGCAGCAUGGCUGGGCGUUGACUGGCUGAUGGAUCUUUGA